CAAACCAUUAUUCAUAGCUCGUGCAAAUUGCUGUGCACCUCGUGCACAAACACCCGUCCCUCCACAUAUGCAAGUAUAAAAAGCUUCGCGUCGGCCACCCAAGCACAACAUUGUGAAUUGUUUGCUCCAGCGUCAAGGGAUCGUUUUCUGUCGUUGCUCCCAUAAAAAGUUGUCUCAAUCGUGAAAGUGUUUGACACGCGCCUUAUCACUCAGUUUCAGAUAAGUUCCCGCACCCGCACCAGCAGCCGGAUCCCAGUUUCAGUUUCAGUACCCGCUGCAUUGUGUUGCUUGUGUUAUCCCGAACUGUUGGUUGCUGCCGGCGUUCAGUGACGCCCCACAAGCCGUUUGAUUCAGUUGUGUGUGUUCCCGCUAAAGUCGCUAAAUAUGGGCAUCGAAAAAUUUGUACCGUGCACCCUGCGGCUGAAUAAGCUGAUGAAGGGCAGUGGCACCGACUGCCUUUGUGUGAUUGACCAGGCGGUCCUGCCAUCAGAGCUGAAGGCCACUUUCGAGGAGCAUCGCUCGUUUGACAAGUCCUUCGACAGCAGCAUCUCCUGCUUCCGGGCCACCAAUGUGGAACAGCCUGUGGUCUACGCACCAGUCGGAGAUCUGAAUGACUACGAUGAUGUGCGCUCCUAUCAGGAGGCGGCCAAGAAAUCCAUGCAGAAGGUGCUCAAGGCUGGCUUCAACACUCCGUUGCUGUUUGUGCCCAAGGUGAAGCGCUUCCCCCAGGCAGAACUGUGCACCGUGCUCGGCGCCCUGGAGCAGCUGUAUGUGCCCAUUCAUUUGCGUGAAGCCCAACCCGGCACGGACUCCCGUGUGACUACUCUCAGUGUGCAGAUCGAUGAUCCCAAGGCGGACGAGAUUCUGCGCGAGGCUCUGAUAUUGGAGGCCGGUCGCUACGUGGCCCGCGACAUUGGCGGUGGCGACCCAGAGAGGAUGGCGCCCAGCCAGGUGGAGAAGUACGUCAAGAAUCUGUUUGACAAGCUCACCAUGACUGUGAUCAGCGAUUCGGUUACGCUGCAGAAGGACUAUCCCCUGUUCGCAGCCGUCAAUCGGGCUGCCGAUGUGGUGGAGCGUCACCGGGGUCGCAUCAUCUUCCUGGAGUACAAGCCGCCCAAGCCUGCCCGCAAGACGCUCAUGCUGGUUGGCAAGGGAGUGACCUACGACACUGGCGGUGCCGACAUCAAGGCCGGCGGCGUUAUGGCUGGCAUGUCGCGCGACAAGUGCGGAGCUGCUGCCGUCGCUGGAUUCAUGAAGGUCGUCAACGAGAUAAAGCCAGAGGAUGUCCAUGUCGUUGCCGCCCUCUGCAUGGUCCGCAACUCUGUGGGCGAGGAGUGCUACGUCGCCGAUGAGAUCAUCACCUCCCGAGCGGGUCUUCUCGUUCGCAUUGGCAACACCGAUGCCGAGGGACGCAUGUGCAUGACGGAUGCCCUGUGCCGCAUGAAGGAGAUGGCCGUCGAGCAGAGUCUGCCCGAUCCUCAUCUCUUCACGAUCGCCACGCUGACAGGCCAUGCCUUUAUCUCGGCCGGCGAAGGUCAGUCGAUCGCCAUCGACAACAGUGUGGCCCACCGGUCCGAUCAUGCCCGUAAGCUUCAGGCAGCCGGCCAGACCUACGGCGAGCCCUUCGAGGUCUCUGUGCUGCGUCCCAGCGACUUUGCCUUCAACGCUGGCAAGGUGAUCGGCGAGGAUCUGGUGCAGGCCAACAAUGCCCCGUCGGUGCGCACCCCACGCGGCCACCAGGUGCCAGCCGCAUUUAUGAUCAUGGCCUCUGGGCUCGAUAAGCACGGCAUCAAUGCCAAGGUGCCGCUCAAGUAUACCCACAUUGAUAUUGCCGGCAGUGCCGGCGAAUAUCCAGCCAUGCCCACUGCCGCUCCACUUGUGUCCCUGGUGAAGACUCACUUGUUGGGCUAGAUGCCGGAUAGAAGCAUUUUGAUGUCACACAAGAACUGUACUUAUCGAUCUAUUCAACAAUAUUUACCCCUGUGCCCCCCACUAACAGCAUCACAUAAAAUAACUUUGAAAUAAAUGCAAAAUUUUUAGUAUGAAAA